CUCCUGCCUGCCGAGCAUGCUCUAUACAACGUAUAGAGCCGUAACUCUCAAUAGACUCCCGCCCCCUGAAUAAGCCCACCAGAGUGUAUAAAACACCACAACCUCUCCAGCCUCCAAUGAUGUGUUCCCUUGCACUUAGCUGCACCCCUAUCAUCAAGUCAAACCCAGAGGGUCGCAACCACGUUAUAUACCUCACACACAUACCUUCUCCAAAACUUCGAUACACACAAAGACCUUUAUCACUUCUUCCGCCAUCAUGAGAUUCUCCCUUCCCAUCCUCCUGGCCGCAGCCGCCGCGGCCGACGCCGCCGCCGUCCAAGACGACAAGCGGUGGUGCUCCACCCGGGGACAGGCGUGCGACACGGUCAAGCGCGUGGCCGAUGCCUUUGCCGAGGCGCUCGACCAGGCCAGCUCGGUGACGGCGCGCGCCGAGCUCGGCAGCCACGCGGCCUUCAUGGCCAAGCGGCAGCUCGACGAGCUGGCCCUGGCCGUCGCCGCCAGCCACCCCAUGCCGCGUGAAUACUACGACGGGCUCAAGCUCCACUACAACCGCCAGGUCGAGCCCUCGACCGUGAACAAGCGCGCCGCCGAAGCCAACGCCGAGGCCGACGCCGAAGCCCAGGGCUUCCCGGGCCAGCCCUGCUGGAAGAAGCGCGACGCCGAGGCCGAGCACAAGUGGUGUCUGCGGUUCCCCGGACAGCCGUGCUGGAAGCGGUCAGCCGACCCCGCGGCGGAGCCCGAGGCCGACCCGGCCAUGUGCCUCCGCUUCCCCGGCGGAUCGUGCUGGAAGCGCGAGGCGACGCCCGAGGCGGCCGAGGACCAGAAGCGGUGCGCCGAGGAAGGUGGAGCGUGCUGGAUCGCCAAGCGCGCGGCCGAGGCCAUCGUCAACACCAUCGAGGGCGAGCUCGCCUACCGCAAGAAGCGCGACGCCGACCCGGCCCUGUGCCUCCGCUACCCGGGCUCGCCCUGCUGGAAGCGCUCUGCCGACGCCGACCCGCAGGGUUGGUGCAUGAGCUUCCCCGGCCAGCCCUGCUGGAAGCGUGAUGCUGCUGCCGCCGCCGCCGCCUGCAACGCCCCUGAUGGUGCCUGCACCAGGGCCACGCGCGACCUCCACGCCAUGCACAACGCUGCUCGCGCCAUCCUCGACAACAACUAA